AUGGAGUCCCGGUCCAAGACCAAGUCGGUCACCCAGAAGCGAGUCUAUGGCAAACGAAGAGCCAAUGCGCCCAGAGCAGUAUUCGACCAGGCUAGCCCAGGCAGAGAUAUCACAUUCAAGAAGCCUGAAAACGUCGAUUCGGUCCAAAGUCUAGAAGCGAAAUUGGCUCGAGUGACGAUCGAUGAAGAUGUGAACUCUCAACCCGACGAGAAGACGGAAGGUGAAGAGCAAGAAGAACAAGAAGAAUUUGAGGAACAGCAUCCAUCGAUAGAUUCGUACUCUGAAGAAACAAGUCCAUGCCCAGAAGCAGAGUCUCCAGACACCUCAAUCGCACUCUCCGUCGAAACCACUCCAGAGCCAAAAAACCUGGAACCGAUGCUAGAAGUCAGGAUAUUGAAAAAUACUACAAUUGACUCAUCGGAAUCCGCCUCAGAGUCCGCCGCUCCCACGCCUAACUCCCCCAACACCACACCAGAGCCGGCCAGUGAGGUCCAAAAGAAAAGAAACCCCUCGGAAAGAAAAGCCCCAAGAAAGGUAGCCCCUGCCUCUCGACGAUCAUCAGGAGUAGUCCAUGACAACAAGUUCAAUGACUAUGUUCGCUCGAUUCUCAACGAAGCACUAGCUCCAAUUGCUGCGCAAAGUAUCCAAAAGUUCGACUCUUGGGCCUCUCGAUCGGCAAACAUGUUUGACGUUGCAAAGCUGGCGGAGGGAUCUUAUGGUGAAGUCUAUAAGCUGCACCUGCGCGAAGAAGCGUGCAGGCCGGUAGUGUCAAAGUCUAAAUUGGCCAAAUUGAAAUCAUAUGGUGAUGGGGUCUUCAAGGUUGUACCUCUGCGAGCCAAGAGCGGACUCGGAUCCAAAAAGUUCACGAGUAUCGAAGAAAUUGUGGCCGAAGUCAAGAUGCUGAAAUAUCUCGACCCGAUCCCUGGGUUUGCGCGUUUCAGGGAGAUCCACGUUGUACAAGGCCGUUUCCCAGAGUCAUUUCAGAAUGCGUGGAAUCACUACAAGAAAACGAAAAACGACUGCAUGAAUCCUAACCCAUCGAGCAAGAGAGCCUACCCUGAUACCCAGCUUUGGGCGGUCAUCGAAAUGGACGAUGCAGGAUGUGAACUGGAGAAGUUUUCGUGGUCCUCGAUUUUCCAAAUAUAUGAUAUCUUCUGGGGAGUUGCGAUGGCUUUGGCACGGGCUGAGGAGUAUGCCCUCUUUGAGCAUCGAGAUCUGCAUCUGGGCAACGUUUGUAUUCGAUCUACUCGGCAGGAUGGCUGCAUGGAUCCUCCCACAGAGCAGGACAUCAUGAGUCAGUCAUCUUCAAGUGGGUUUGGAUUCAGCUCUAUCGAAACCACCAUUAUCGACUACUCUCUCUCUCGAGCAGAGCUGCGACUGAGCGAUGAUCCCAAUAGACCGGUCGAAAUUGCAUCGUCCGAUUUGGACAAGAAACAAUUGUUCGAUGCGAUUGGUCAAGAUGAAGAUGAGAUUAUGCAACGAAAUACCUACAGACAGUAUGUUACCCUAUUUAUCCAAGUGAUUAUUUCUAUAUUGACUGAGACGGCUAGUAUGCGCGCAACGCUCUACACAGGAGACCCAGCAGAAACAGAAAAACCAGCAAACAUCCCCGGGAUCUGGGCAGAGUACUCUCCUCGCACCAACCUGGUCUGGCUACUCUUCUUGCUCGAAAGCCUCUUCAAGAACCGCAAACCCGAGCCACCUGCUGUUUCUCCGAGAAAGGCUCUGGCGCCCUGUUCGCCAAAUAAGAAACCCAUGAAAGCUGAAAUAGUCAAUGGCAAAGACCAGAAAGGGUCUAGCUCCCUGGCUCAGGAGCAAAAGACUCAGGCCUGCAUCUCCCGUCUCAAAGCAACACUAGAAGAUAGAUUGAAGUCUGUCCUGGAACUUCUUGAUUUAGAACAUGGUCACGAAGACAUGUGCUGUGCUGCUGAUUUGGUGGCAUUUGCAAUGGAUUCUAAUUGGCUGGGAGAGGAGGACUUUUUCUGA